AAGCGCCGUCGCCAGCCGGAGUUUCACUCGGCGGCGGUGCCGGUGCGGAGCGGGGGCUGCCCGGCCCGGCUCCGCCGCGCCCCGUGCCAUGUAGGAUGCUGCCGGCUCCCGCAGCCAAGCGGCCGCCGCCCCUGCUCUGGCCCCCUCCCACCGCCGAGCCCCCGGCCACCCCCUGGGCCUGGGUGGUCCCGGCCGCCGCGGGGCUCGUCAGGGUCGCCGGCGCCGCCGGGGCUCCCCCGCCGCCCCCGCUGCUGCUGCCGGCGCCGCCGCCCGCACCCCCCCCGCCCGCCGCGCUGCUGCGGGCCGGGCCGGGCUGGCGCGUCCCCUGCGAGCCGCUCCUGCCGCUGCUCGCCGCUGACCAGCACGGGGCCGCGCUCCUCCACGGGCAGUGGAUAUUUGGAGCUCAUUCUCCAGUCAUAGGAUUUUCACCUUCUUCGAGCGUGGAGUUUGUUCCUGUUUUUCCACCUGUGUACACAUCUGCGGUUCUGCCUCAUGCUGGGAAAAACUGGAUGGAUAAAAGGCUACCGAGCUGCAAAAUUUACUUGAAUAACACAUUUGCUCUGGAUUCAGCGUGGGUACAUCCUGAGGACUCCAGACUCUUCCAGGGCAAUGAGAAGCCUCUGUUGCUGACAAAUCAAGUGGCCAUGGCCAUAGCCAGGCCAGCUGCUGCCUCCAGGCCCCUUCCCACCAUGGUGCUGGCACCUCAGCUCGUACCAGGUGGUUGCCAGCACAGCCUCAAAGCGGUGGGUGGCAGCCAGGCCCUGGCGUUGGCCACCGCGGCCACCACGGCGCUGGUGUCGGUGGAGCCCGAGGCCGCGCAGGGCCCGGCCGGCCAGCCCUGCCACCUCCUCACCUUCCGCCCCAUCAAAAUCCCCCUCUUGGCUGCGCCUUUGCCAGGUUCUGCCUCCAGACUGGAUGCUCACGUGGGUCCUUUGAUGCCGACACAAGUGACCCGGGUCACGGCUGUGUCACCGGCGGUGACGCUCAUGGCAGCCAACCUCAUGGAUCAGACACUAACAGAUAAUGGCAAAGAAUCGAGUAGACCCUCCUGCCCCCCGACUUUGAUUUUACACGCGGAGAGGAAGAGUUCCCCCGUGGAGAGCGACGGCAAUAAGGAUCAUUCUUUUAAACUAGUGAAUGAAGAUGACAGCACAUCAAAUGGAAGCAAACCCGUGGCAUCCACACCCGUGCCAGGAUCCCCAUGGUGUGUAGUCUGGACUGGAGAUGACCGGGUCUUCUUCUUCAACCCUACAAUGCAGCUGUCGGUCUGGGAGAAGCCGCUGGACCUGAAGCAUCGCGGCGACAUAAACCGGCUCAUCGAGGACCCUCCUCACAAGCGCAAACUGGAGCCCGCAGCAACAGAUAAAUGUCUUAGUUCUUGUCCAAGGGAAGAAAACGAUGAUCUUAGCAUCAAAACUAAAAGAAAUAAAACAGAAGAUCCUCAAGCUGCUGACCAGGGGAAGGCUGAAACAGAGGAGAAAAGCAAGGAACCAUCUGCCCCUCAGGUCACGCCUCCCCUGGAAGAGCGCAUCACUCAUUUCCGAGACAUGCUGCUGGAGAGGGGGGUUUCAGCAUUUUCUACGUGGGAAAAAGAGUUACACAAAAUAGUGUUUGAUCCACGCUAUCUUCUACUAAAUUCAGAAGAACGUAAACAGAUAUUCGAACAGUUUGUCAAGACCAGGAUCAGAGAAGAGUACAAAGAGAAGAAAAACAAGUUGUUGUUAGCCAAAGAAGAAUUCAAAAAGCUCCUGGAAGAAUCCAAGUUAUCGCCAAGAACAACGUUUAAAGAAUUUGCAGAGAAAUAUGGAAGAGAUCAGCGGUUUCGCCUUGUGCAGAAGAAGAAGGACCAAGAGCAUUUUUUCAAUCAGUUCAUACUUAUUCUUAAAAAGAGGGACAAAGAAAACAGGAUAAGACUACGGAAAAUGAGAUAAAAGCUCCUGGAACUGGCAAUAAAUGCGCGAGUCCGUGCGGUGGCUGCAGGAAGGAAUUCAGAUGGAGGCGAAAGCGUUCGGGGUUCAACUUACGACAUCUCGGUGAGGAAGGAGAUUUCCCUGAGAAAAACUUUCUCUAAGCAGAGUUUAUUGAACAUACACUGAAUUUGUGGAGGUCGUUCUGCAGGAAUCUGAAGGAUAUUUUGUUCUCAAAGAAUUAAUGUUUCAUAUUGAAGCUCUCUUUUGUACAACAUCCAGAGUUUGAUGCAUUUCUAAUUGCCGUGAUAUGUCAAUUCCUUAAUUGUUUUAAUUAUGCAAAUUACUUGUAAUAUACACAAAUUAUGAAUCCAGUGCAGAUUUGUAAUUAAGCAGAAGCAGAUGCCAUCCAUAACAAUCUCAAGAUAUUUUCAUCAUUUAGGGGAAUUAUCUAAAGCAAUCUUUUGGCAACUUUGUGCAUUAACACAAAGCGUUUAAGGUCCGGUGGUACGCAGGAAUUCAUUACCCAGUGUUCAUACAUCUCUGUCCAGUUCUCUGAGUAGUAGUAAUAAGAUAUUAAUUGUUAAUCUUAGUGAAGAGUGUGAAAAUCUUGGCAUAUGUUCCAUAGGAAACCUCUGAGUUCCAGGAGUUGCUUUCUGCUUCCCGAUAGCAACACCUCUCCGGCACCGUUCCCGGCAAGAAGUUCUUUGGUAAAACCAUCGCCGUAUGAUUUUAAUUAUGUUGCUGUAUGUGAAAAGUCUGCAUGAGAUUUUUCUCAUCCUAUUUGUACAAAUAAAUAUUUAACUUUUUUAAUUAAUAAAUAUUUUAAGCCAA